GGCCGCCGUCAAUAGAAUAAAAAAAAAUCCCACCAUGGCGGACGUGAGGUCGUAUAUUUGCUGUUUUCUUCUGGCGUUUGUAGGUGUUGACAGUUAUCUUGUUACUGGCCAGAAGAAAGCUGAGACAGUAUAUCAAGUGGACCAGUGUGGUAAAACCAUCAACUUCAACAACAGUAUAAUCCUUAAGCUUAAAGGCUCAGGAGGAAAUGCCAUGAGUGACAGGAUAACCUGUUUAGUUCAUCUCCGUAGUCAGGAGCCUGGUGUGAAACUCCUGGUGCACUGGGAACUGCCAUUUGACAUGGCCAUCGACCUUCAGUUUCCUCUCUCCUUCGAUGUCUCCAAUUAUCAGAGUAAACGCAGAGGUUCCGAUGGCCUGGCAGUCAGAAGUGGCCGGUCGGGAUCUCCUACGUCAUAUGGCCGCAUAUAUGGUGUGAAGAAGGAAGUGACUGGCUACGACAUGAGCAGUGAUGCCAUUGUGACCUCCAUCAAAGAGCUGUACCCAAUGUUUGGAAGUCGACUGACGGACAGGACAAUAUCAGAGUCAGGGGUCACAUUUGACUAUAAAGGGAUACCGGAGAAGGAUGAGUUCCAUGCUGUUAUUACAGCUUUCCGAGAUGACGUGGCAGCUGGAGAUUGCACCGCAGCCAACAAGAGGUUCCUGUGUGAGGGCACUAACAUGUGUAUAUCCACUGAACUGGUGUGUAAUGGCCAGAAUAACUGUAAGGGAAACAAUACCAGCGAUGAGCCAAGUAGCUUUUCCCAGUGUGCACGACUGCUUGGACGAAGGUGUGAAGCUGACUGUCUGAAUGGUGGAACUUGUGAGUUCAAUUGGAAAGGGGAAGCCACAUGUAAAUGCAGUAUUGAGUACUCUGGAAGUAGAUGCCAGAAUGUUGGUUGUCCCUCUGAUUUCUGUGUUAAUGGAGGGAGGUGUGAGAAGGACUGGCAGGGGAAAUACACCUGCAGGGAUUGUAGCCCUGGUUACACUGGGAGAAAAUGUGAUACUGCCAUCACACCAACCAGCAAACCAGCAUCAGACCACCCAUGUGACCCUAAUCCUUGCUACAAUGGAGGUUCCUGUGAAACCACGUUCUAUGGUAUGGACUACAGUUGUGUGUGCACAGAGGGUUAUACUGGGAAACAAUGUGACGAGGUUGAAGAGGAUAUCCACAGCAGUGAUCACUCCAGUUCUGGAGACAAUAAUCCUAUCACAGUUGUAGUGGUGGUGCCCACUGUUUUGAUCAUGGUCGCAAUUAUCGGUGCCGCAUUUUUCCUAAAGUAUCAACGACAACGCCGACGCCAGCGCACCCUGCAGUUGUAUUCUGUCAACAGCUCAGAUCAGAGACCACUGGGUCAGCCAGACGACCAGUACCCUGCAUUCACCCCACCUCCUGGAUCCCAGUAUCCAACCCAGGGGUAUCCCCAUACUUACCCACCUCCCGCCUAUGACGUGGCCACUGCUUAAAAUGACAAUUAUCUAUCACAAGUGGAUGAUCAGCAGUUUAAAGACAUUUUGCAUUAUAGAUGAUAUUUCAAAUACUCUAUUUUUUUUUAGACAUUCCUAUUAUUUUUUAUUUUAUUUUAUUUAUUUUUUAUUUAUUAUUAUUAUUUAUUAUUUUUAUUUUAUUUAUUUAUUUAUUUAUUUUAAUGUACUUGCGUCAGUUUGUUUUCCUUAUUUUGGAUAGAUUACGUUAUCAUGGUGCUGGUUUAGUUUAUAUUGUUCAGAUAAUUAGCGUGAAGAUGCUUACUGAAUGAAUACAGAUCAAAACAUUUCAGAUAUCAUAUUGUAUGCAUUUCUUAAGCAUGCAUACAAUGUCAGGUAGCUUGGGAUAUUUAAAAUCCUCUUUGUAAACUUAAAAUCUUGUGCCAUGUUGACCUCUUGUCAGUUACAAGAUAUAUGAUGGAUCCAUUUAUUUGAUUUACAUACCUGUUUCCAUGGAAAUAUUAACAACACACCAGUUGCCGUGGUUUUGAUAAAUUGUAUUUUGCUUAUACCAAUUCUGAAUCCUUGGACAGUUAUAUUUUUUUUAUUUUUAUGUUCAUAUGAUAACAUAUUUAUUUAUUUAUUUAUAAUGAGAACAGGGUAAAGAUUGCAAUUGCAUAUUUUCAGUGAGGUGAUGAAUCAUUAUUAUUAUAUAUUACAUGUGUGAAAAUUCACUGAACUUUCAAGAUAAUUGUCUAAAAAUAGAUCCAUAAUAAUUUAGUGAAAUUUCAGCUUUUACCACUUUUUGAUAUUGCAUAGUUUCUGAAAACUGAGGCAAAAGUUGGUGCAUUUUUUCUCCAUCUGAUAUAAUUGCCCAUAUCAUGUAUUCAAAUGUUAUCAUGGUAUAUCUGUAUGAGAAAGCAAGCUGACAAACGCACACACCGACAUGCUUUAAGAGAAUUGGUUUACUUAAAGGCCAUUUCCAAUUUGUACGUACAUACAGUGGUGGGCUGUCUGUGUAUAGUUUCUGGAGCUACUGCAUUUUGGACUUGCUUUUAAGCUUUUGCUGCCUUUGCUUUUCCUUGUUUAGAAUCAGUAUUUUUAUAUGAUGUGCAGGAACUAAUCUCCAGUAAUCUUUGAGGAUAAGAAGUUGGAGAGAUGAAGAUUGAUGUCGAUGUAUAUAUUAAACUUAAUUUCUGUUAUUACUGUUUAAAAUAGAGAGAUACCUCUUAAUAUUAUCAUGUCCAUUAUAUGGGUGAUUGUUGCAUAUCGUCUUUGUUGCCAUCAUUUAUGGUCAUUAAAAGUAGGCCAGUUGCUUGCCUUGCAGUUUCAACAAAAUAUUUUUUCUAUUUAGCCUGAUCAAUAUAGAACUUUUUCUAUUAGGAGCAAGUGAAUUGAAAGUAAUAUGUAGUGAUCUUAUACGAUGGUUGUGUUGGAUUGGUGAUAGAUAUUCAAGAGACGGAUAUGUUAUGGUAUUUAUUUUCUAAAGGAGAAGUACCCUGUCUGUAUAUAUGUAACCAGUAAUUUGUUUCAAGUCUAGAACACACGGUGAUCUCCGAGCUCAGCGAUUGCCGUUUUGUCCCGGGGAAUGACGGGAGAAAGUCAAGUGAAUGAAGCGCACGAAGUAAAAGGUCUGAAGUAAAAAAAAAAAAAACUUAAAACGUUAUAGUCGAAAAUAUUAGUCAACUUUAGACCAGAUAAACCAGUUUUGGCACAUUUGACUAACGCAGGCCCAUGAUCUUAGAAACGUGGACGCUGGGAAUAGAUGUCAUCCGCCUACUCUGUUUGUAAAGCCUGCAAAUUUAAGUAUCUGUAACUAAUACCUAUUCGACAACGUUUUCUGGCAGUAAACCUGACUUACGAACUUGGACUCUUUUUUUUUUUCUUCAUGUGUAAGAAGAAUGUUGAUAUUCUAAUUUGACAAAUGUAUUUAUCACGGAAAUAAAACAUUUUACUCGG